AUGUCCCACACAUUGUCUUCCGCAGGACCAUACCUCCCUCGAUACCUCUCCUCCUACUCACAACCGGUGAAUCUGUCACAGUCGGCGUCUUCUACCCCCAACGGCUCCAUCUCUCUCUCUCCUGCAUUGGCCAAUGCAUCAUGGGGAGCAGCUUUCAUACAGAGGCCCAUCACCCUAUUCUUCUCUACCAGCAAAAAGUCACCCUGCGACCUACCUGUAGCCUUUUCGGUUUCAUUUGCAUUUCGAAUGACCCCUGCUUCUCCUGUUGGUUCGUCCACAGCAGGCGAGGGCCUGGCAUUUGUAGUAACUGCGGCAGCACCCCAUGGAGCUGCAGCAGGGGUGGGGCUGGGAGGGGUGGGGAAGCGGAGUGUGGCGGUGGAGUUUGACUCGGUGCUGAGUGUGAAGCAAAGCGACCCCAACGACAACCAUGUGGGCGUCAAUGUGGGCGGCUCACCUGUGUCCCUCGCCUCUGCCACGGCCCCUCUCAUCCUCAACGACGGCCACACCAAGCACGCCUGGAUCCACUACGACCCCACCAGCGGCGGCACCCUCCGAGUCUUCCUCUCAGCCUCCAGGCAGCAGCCGUUCAAGGCUGUGGUGACGGCGAGAGUGUCUCUGUGCAGCGCGCUCAAGCCCACCGUCGGCAAUGCCUCCUUCCUCUUUGGCUUUGUAGCUGCCUCAAACAACACUCAGAGGCACGACAUUCUGUGGUGGAACAUUGCGACAGGUAGUGAAUUCGGGCAGGUGGCAUCAAAUGAAGAGGUUACAGCCAGCAGCGCCGACAUUGUGCCCUCUUCGUUCCACUAUGCCAGCCUAGCGUUCCUUCCCAGUGCGGAUGGGCUGCCUUCCUGGACCCUCCCUUCCUUUGUCUCUUGGAUGCGAGAUGAGUCAACGUGGCCCGUGAAGAACCAGCAUGGAUGCGCCGACUCCUCAGCAUACGCAGUGGUGGCGGCUGUGGAGGCAGCUUACAGCAUUGCAAGCAACUCAUAUAGUCCCCCAAGGCUGUCGGUGGAGCAGCUGCGGGUGGCCCUGUCGGCCAACUGCGACGACAUGCCUCCGCGCGAUGUGCUGGCCUUCCUGGUGGCUGCCACGCGCAAGGGAGGGGGGCUCGUGGAUGACGCAGCAGCAGCGGCCGCCAGUCCCCACAGCAUGGCGUCCGCCGGCCGGCGGGAGAGACUGGCCGCGGUGAGUUGCAGCGAGAGCUGCUUCAAAAAUGGAGUGAACCACGCUGUUCUGGUGGUGGGAUAUGCUGUUAGAGAGGACCUCUCCAGUCCGUUUAGCCUGCCUGCGCCUCUCUGGGUGAUCCGCAACUCAUGGGGCAGCGAGUGGGGCGCUGCAGGACACAUGUUCAUGGACAUGCAGAGCGGGCCGGGCGUCUGUGGCAUCAACACACUGCCAGGCAUCUUCCCCAUCCUCCGAUCUACUGCUGACCCAUGUGGCAGCAAGUCAGUGAUGCUGGCGGGCCCACCAGGAGUGGCAGGGAGCAACGCGUUCAACCCGUGUGGGCAGUUCAAGUGCUCCAAGGCCGGAGCAUCCAACCGCUGUGCCUGUGCUGCUCCCCACUUCGUCCAGGCCUCCCACCCCGACGGCUCCAACACCUGCGCCUAUGGUGAACCCAUCGCCCCCCACGCUCCAUUGCACUCUAUUGCCUUUGUUUUCCUAUUUAUUGCUCACCCCAACACAACAUUCCCCUCUCUGCCCUCUUUGCUGCUGCCAGUGGACGCCUGUGGGCUGGCAGGCAGCAACCCGUGUGUGGUGGGCACGUGUGUGAACGAUGGGAAGGGCAGCUACUCCUGUGUGUGUCCCCCGGGGUUCUUUCAAGGCACCACCGCCAAGGGAACCCUCUCUUGUGCUCCUGGUGACAGCAAGGGGAGCUACACGGUGCGUGGCAGCAACGUGUGGUGCUCUCACUUGCUGCCCAUGCUUGGCCUCACUCUGGACGAACUCAAGCAGAAGAACAAGAAGCUCUCCUGCUCCAAGCCCAUCCCAGUGGGGUUCAAACUGAACAUCACGCCGUCUCAGCUUCUUGCCGGCUGCUCGCUCAUCUACACCACCCACCUUGGCGACAGCUGUGCAUCGAUAACCGCGCUGUUUGGACUGAGCGAGGGGUGCCCUGUGGAGGGCGAGGCAUGUGAGGAGGCGUUGGUGGGGCUCAACCCUGGGCUGGACUGUGCAGCACUCACGGGCAGGUUGGCCGUGUGUGUAGAGCGGGAGGAGAGCAAGGCGGGGAUGGUGGCAGUGUGUGACCAGCAGUAUGAAAUGGAGGGCAGUGAUGGCUGCGAUGCUGCAAGAAUAGCCGUGAAUCCGCCUUUGAGCCCUCUAGAGUUCUAUCGCCUCAACCCAGGCAUCAACUGCAACAACCGCCUGCCGACUACGUUUGAGGGCUUCUCACAGCGCAAGCUCAGCACCCUCGCUUUCCCCAUCGUCACCCCCUCUCUACCCUACACCUCGUUGCAUCCUUCCUUGUCCCCUGGUGCGCUUGCAGAUCCGGGCAGCCCGAAUGCGUGCACGGUGCACAGAGGUGCUUAA